AUGACAUCUCGUCAUCUUACUCAAGUGAAAUUUAUACCAAGAACCAUUUCUCGCUCACCUUACAGCUGCCACAAUUUCUCGACCAAAUCGAUCGUUUUCAACAGGAAGGUGACUCAUCUGCAUCAACAUCAUCAGCAUCAUCAUCCUUCAGCUAAAACCGACGGAAUUGGUCAUAAAAGCCUCACGGAACCUGCCGUUUCUCAUUUGGACUUUCAAACACAUUACAAAAUACGAACGAAUAUAGAAUUGCUCAUUCAAGAUUAUUCCAGAAAACCAAUUCCACCAUUAUCUUAUGGUUUCUUGACAAACUUCAAAAAAAAACCAUUAACAUCCAAUGAAAAAUAUAAUUUAACCAUAAAGACAAUAAAUUAUUUGAUAUCAUAUACGUGUAGACAAUUAAAUUCAAUUCAAAAUUUACCUUAUAUCGUCAUCACAAAUCCAAAAAUUAAUCAAAUUAAUUCAUUAUAUUUAAGAACUUUGGAAGCCCUAUUAUCAAAACAAUUCCCGUACGAUUUAUAUAAUGAUGAUUUAAUCAUUGAUUUAUUAAAAAAAUUAAAUAAUGAACAUAAUGAUAAUUUGAUACUUUUAUCCAAUGGAUUGAAAGAAAUUCAUCAAGAUUUAUUAUCAAGGAAAAAAAUAUUCAAAUUCUUAGAUGAUCAUAUUAAAGAUAGAAUGUCAAUGAAAUUGAUUAUCUCAAACUAUUUAUCCUUAUUAGCUCCUGUUCAACUUGAUGAUGACCCUAAUAUGAUUGGUAUAGUACAUAAAAACUUAAAAAUUUCUACUUUGAUCAAUCAAACAGUAGAAUUCGUCAAUGAUUUAUGCCAAAUGAAAUAUAAUACAGCACAUGAUCAAAUUUCUUUCCAAACAGACAAAAGGAAAAGCUCAUCAUCUCCUCCAUCAAUGAUUAAAUAUUUAUAUGGUGAAGAUUUGACGUUCCCAUGCAUUCCAAUAAUAUUAGAAUACAUCUUCACAGAACUUUUCAAAAAUUCCAUAAAGGCACAAUUGGAUCACAAUGUCCAUAAACCAAUCGAAGUGUCUCUCUUCCAAACUGAUUCUAAUGAGUUAACCAUCAAACUCAGAGAUUUUGGUAAAGGAAUAAAUCCGAACAUCGAAUCUGAAAUCUUCCAAUAUUCGUUUACUUCAUCAAAUGAAAGAUAUAAUCCAAUUGAUGAUCGUUACAUUGACACUAAUGAAAAUGCAUUGAAUAAACAUUCUUCCACAGUAGAACAUACGUUACCACAAGCUGCCAUUCCUGGAAGUGAUGAUGUCAACAAUAAUACAAUUUCUGGUAUGGGGUAUGGAUUACCAUUGUCGAAAAAUUAUUUGAAAUUAUUUCAAGGUGAUAUUAAUAUUCAAAGUUUAUGGGGUGUAGGAACGGAUGUUUAUAUUAAGUUGAAAGGUCCCUCACAACAAUUACUUAAGGGGCGAUAG